AUGGAUCCAUUGGAAGUUAAAAAAGGAAAGUUUGAGGAAGAACUAGCUAAACAUGAAGAAAAAUUCAAAGAUAACGAGAAGGUACAAAGGUGGAGGGAAGCUCUAUGUGAAGCAUCCAAUAUACAUGGUUGGCAUUACAAGCACAAUUGCAGUGAGUCCAAAUUUAUCCAAGAAAUUGUCAAAGAGAUCUCAAAUUUUAAAUUAAACCGCAUGCCAUUAUUUGUUGCUAAAUAUCCAGUUGGAAUAAGUCAUCGUGUAGAAGCCAUAAAAUUACUUUUAGAUAUUGGGUCAAAUGAUGUUCGUGUGAUAAAGGUGUAUGGCCUUGGUGGAGUGGGCAAGACUACCACGGCUAAAGCCGUUUAUAACAUGAUUUAUGUUCAUUUUGAAGGAAGCAGCUUUCUAGAAAAUGUUAAAGACAAGUUUGAGACAUUUGAUGGUGCAAUCAAAUUACAAGAGACACUUCUUUAUGAUAUUUUAGGGGGUAUAAAUUUGAAGGUUCACAAUGCAUGCAGAGGAAUCAAUUUGAUAAAGGAAAGACUUUCCAAUAAAAGGAUUCUUUUAAUUCUUGAUGAUGUGGAUAGAUCAGACCAAAUAGAAACAUUAAUUGGAAAAUGUGAUUUGUUUGCUUCUGGAAGUAGAAUCAUUAUAACCACAAGAGACAAAAACUUGCUAGCUACUCUUGGAAAAGGUCUUUUAACCUAUAGGGUUAAGGAAUUAGAUGAUCAUGAAGCUCAUGAAUUAUUUUGUUUGCAUGCGUUCCAAAGAAACAAACCCAAGGAAGAUUAUUUAGAAAUUGCAAACCAAUUUAUAAGCUAUGCUAAAGGCAUUCCACUAGCUCUAGCAAUAUUAGGUGCUGAUUUGUAUGGAAGAAAUAAAAUGGAAUGGAAAAGCGCAUUAAAUAAGUAUGAAAAAAUUCCUAACAAAGAAAUUCAAAAAAUACUCCAAAAGAGUUAUGAAGGAUUGGAUGAAACUGAACGAGAUAUUUUUCUUGAUAUUGCAUGUUUAUUCAAGGGAUUUUGCAAGAGUUAUGUUGUAGAUAUACUAAAUUCUUGCAAUUUAUACCCAAUUAUUGGUAUUCAAAGACUUACUGAGAAGUGUCUCAUAACUGUUGAUCGACAUGAUAAAUUAUGGAUGCAUGACUUGGUAGAACAAAUGGGUAGAGAAAUUGUUCGACAAGAAUCGCCACAUAUACCUGGAAUGCGUAGCAGGCUAUGGUGUUAUGAGGAUUCUCUUGAAGUAUUGACGAAAAAUACGGGAUCAAAAAAAAUUCGAGGCCUGAUGAUAUGCUCACCUAAACGAGCAAAGUUGCAAUUAGAAGCUAAAUGUCUUGAAAAGAUGAAAAAUCUCAAGUACCUUAUAGUUAAUAAUGUAGAUAUUUGUGGGGGUAUUGAAUAUCUUCCCAAUGAAUUAAGGUUACUUGAUUGGCCCGAAUUUCCUUUCUCUUCCUUACCAUUCAAUUUUCGUCCUCAAAAACUUAUUGCACUCAACAUGCCAGAAAGUCAGGUUAUAUUGGACAGACUACUUGAGAUGGGACAGUUCAGAAACUUGACCUAUAUGAAUUUUCGUUCAUGUCAAUACAUAAAGAAAUUAUCUGACUUAUCCAUUGCAACCCCAAACAUAAAGCAAUUGAAUCUCAAUGAAUGUAGAAAUUUAGUUGAAGUUCAUGACUCUGUUGGAUGUCUUGACAAGCUUGAAAAGUGGGACCUCUUCGACUGCACUGAACUUCGAAUUCUUCCAAGCUGCCUCAUGACGAAAUCUCUUAAACAUUUAAAUCUUUAUAUGUGCAAAAGGCUUGAGAAGUUCCCUGAUAUUCCGCAUGAAAUGGAUGGUUUAAAGUAUCUAACAUUUAUUGGGACUGCUAUUAAAGAGUUGCCCCUAUCAUUUGGAAAUCUCACUGGGCUUGAGGAAUUACACCUAGGUUCAGAUUUCAGAGCAGCUUGA